AUUAUCGUCAGCAAUCCACAGUAUGGAAGGAUGAAAAAGCUUGUUUUGGAAUGGUCCUGCCGUGCAUCCCUUGACUGGGAUACCCCAGCUUACUGGACAAGGCAGUUGGAACUCAUCUCCGCUCGGUAUCUCACCUCCAGAAUGCGUGGCCGCCAUGCGUCUAGCGCUUGAGUUCACUCGAAAACAGAGACAGUUGAUAGCCUCCUUCGUGGUGGUUUAUCUACUCUUGCUCUUUUUCUGCCAUUCCAACUCUGCACGCGACCCGACGUCUAUCUUCUUCCAGCCGGACGUCGGCUACCGACCACAGCGCAGUCUCCAGCGAAUCGACGAGUCCAUUCAGUACCUCUCCACAUACAACCACUCGUUCACCCCCCAUUCCACGGCAGACCUGACCGCGCCGAUCAACAAUGUCGAUAUCUGCAUCGGGAUCGUGACAGUCAAGCGCCCCCUCCAGCAAAACCUCGACCAAACCGUAGGCUCCCUCCUCGACGGGCUCUCCCCGGCGCAGCGUCGCAGAAUCGCCCUCCAUCUGCUCAUCGCCGAACCCAACCCCGCUGACCACCCGACCUACCACCACCCCUGGGUAUCAAACGUCGUCGACCGCGUCCUCACCUACGACGACGUAGAUGCCCCGCAGUCAACCAUCCGUCGCCUCGUGCGAAACAAGCUCAUCAACAAGAAGUCACUCAUCGACUACAAGCUCUCCCUCGACGCAUGCUACGACCACACCGACGCCCCGUGGGUCAUGAUGCUCGAAGACGACGUCGUGACCCAGAAGAAUUGGUACGAGCCGACCAUGCGCAGCCUAGACCUGAUCACAGAGUGGGACGAGCGCGACGUGGUCAACGACUGGCUGUACCUGCGCCUGUUCUACACAGAGAAGUUCCUCGGCUGGAACGCCGAGGACUGGCGGACGUAUCUAGGCUGGAGCGUAGCCGCCGUGCUCUCCGCCGCCGUAGCAGGCAUUACCGCCCGCAGCCGGCGGUCCUCGCUGCGCGCAGUCCUCACAAACCGCUUCCUCGCCGUGAUCUGCCUCGGCGCCGUGCCCGCGCUUAUCGCACUCUACUUCCUAAGCGGUCGUGUGACCAUGCAUCCGAUGCGACCGGGGAUUCACCUCAUGAACCGCCACGGCUGCUGCUCGCAGGGACUGGUCUUCCCGCGGCAGAAGGUGCCGCUGCUGUCGGAGUAUAUGCAGGAGUGGGCGGACGUGCGGCACUCCAAGCCGGUGGACACGGUCAUUGAGCGAUGGGCCAACGAGAACCGGUUUGAUCGGCUGGCGGUGUCGCCGUCGCUGAUGCAGCAUGUUGGGGCGGCGUCGUAUAAGGAGAAGAAAAAGGCGUUUGCGUGGGAGGGGUCACAUCGGGUUUAUGGGGCGCAUGGGGUGUGGAGUAUGAGUUUUGAGGAAUAAUAUGGGUGCGUUGUUCUAUUGUGUGUAUUAUGAAGCUGCAUGGUUAUUGUAUGAUAAUUGCAGCUCGAUGAUCUGGAUGAGUGAUAAGGGGGAUCGCCAUAAGAGUCGCU